GGGUCAGGAAAGAUGGCGGCGGAGGAGAGCCGGCUGAAGCAGCGCUUCUGCCCAAACAGCGUCUCAAAAGCAGGUGACCAGGACCCCCGGGUCUGGAGCAGGGAGGAAGUGGGCGAGGCCCGGCCGGUGCAGAUCGUGGCGGCGGACGAGGGGGAGCACUCCUUCUCCCUGCAGGAGGCGGCGCUGGAGCGGCUGCUGCUGCAGGAGCACCUGGAGGGCCUGCAUGUGGUGGUGGUGUCUGUGGCCGGGGCCUUCCGGAAGGGCAAGUCCUUCCUGCUGGACUUCAUGCUGCGCUACAUGUACCGACAGUCGUCCACUUCCUGGAUGGGCGGCGAGGACGAGCCUCUGACCGGCUUCACCUGGCGGGGCGGCUGCGAGCGGGAGACCACGGGCAUCCUGGCCUGGAGCGACGUCUUCGUGGUGGAGAGGCCGGACGGCGGCAGGGUGGCGCUGCUGCUGAUGGACACUCAGGGAGCCUUCGACAGCCAGUCCACCGUCAGGGACUGCGCCACCCUGUUCGCCCUGAGCACCAUGACCAGCUCCGUGCAGGUGUACAACUUGUCCCAGAACGUGCAGGAAGACGACCUGCAGCACCUCCAGCUCUUCACUGAGUACGGGCGCCUCGCCAUGGAGGAGGUCUCAGAGAAACCCUUCCAGACUCUGAUGUUCCUGAUCCGGGACUGGAGCUACCCAUAUGAGCAUCCGUACGGUCUGGAGGGGGGGCGGAGCUUCCUGGAGAAGCGGCUGCAGGUGAAGCAGAACCAGCACGAGGAGCUGCAGAACGUCAGGAAGCACAUCCACUCCUGCUUCUCCAGCAUCGGCUGCUUCCUGCUGCCGCACCCCGGCCUCCGGGUGGCCACGCACCCGCAGUUCGACGGCCGGCUGCGAGAUAUCAACGAGGAGUUCAAGAAGGAGCUGGAGAACCUGAUCCCCACACUGCUGUCUCCGGAGAACCUGGUGGAGAAGGAGAUCGGGGGGUCAAAGGUCACCUGCAGGGACCUGCUGCACUACUUCAAGGCGUACAUGAAGAUCUACCAGGGGGAGGAGCUUCCACACCCCAAGUCCAUGCUGCAGGCUACCGCUGAAGCCAACAACCUGGCGGCCGUCGCCGGAGCCAAAGACCUCUACACCAAAAGCAUGGAGCAGGUGUGCGGCGGAGACAAGCCCUACAUCUCUCCGGCGGAGCUGGAGCGCCGCCACGCCGAGCUGCGGCUCGCCUCCGUGCGACACUUCCGAUCCGUCAAGAAGAUGGGCAGCGAGGAUUUCUGCCGGCGCUACCAGGAGCAGCUGGAGGCGGAGCUGGGCGAGGCCUACGCCAGCUUCAGCAAGCACAACGACGGCAAGAACAUCUUCCACGCCGCGCGCACGCCGGCCACGCUGCUGGCGCUCAUCCUGCUGCUGUACGUGGUGUCCAUGGUGACCGGCUUCCUGGGCGUCGGCUCCGUGGCGGCGCUCUGUAACCUGGUGAUGGGGGCGGCGCUGACGGCGCUCUGCGUCUGGGCCUACGUCAAGUACUCCGGGGAGUUUCGAGAAGUGGGCGGAGUCAUUGACCAGGUGGCUGAAACUCUGUGGGAGCAGAGGACUCCCAGAAAGGUUCUGUCCAAGCUGCUGGAGGUGGUCCGGAGCAGGGUGCUGGGGGGGGGCCGGGUCUCCGCCCCGCGGCCUCGGCUCGCCUCCAACAACAACGUGAAGAAGAAAAACUAGCGUCCCGCCGUCCCCGCCUCGUCCACCUCACUCUGAAGCUCCACCUCAUUCCUCCGCUCCUCCUCCUCAUCACGGUUCUUUGCCAAACGGACUUCACUGAGAGACUGUAGGACUACCAGAGCUUAUUUAUUGUCACGUCCCGGUGUGUGUGUGUGUGGAGUGUGUGGCUGUGAACGGACGACUGUAGCGUCUCCUCCUCCCUGUGGCAGGCGGAGAAAACACAUUCCUGCUGUGUGUGUGUGUGUGUGUGUGUGUGUGUGUGUGUGUGUGUGUGUGUGUGUGUGUGUGUGUGUGUGUGUGUGUGUGUGUGUGUGUGUCCGUGUCCUGAUGGUUUGUUUUUCUACGCUGCAGGCCGUGCUGGGCGGCAGGGCCUGCAGGGAAUCUAUACAUAUAUAAAUACGUCUUUUCUAGGCCUUUUGUAGCUGAAGCAGACCAGAUCCAUCAGCUCACCAAAUACCGAGGAAUGCUCUGUUCCAAUAACUUUAUAUUUAUAUAUUUACCCUCACACACACACACACACACACUCACACUCACACACACUCACGUCUUCAAAGUGAUUUCCGUUAAUUUCUUUUGAGGUUUUAAGACUAUUAAACCAAACUCUUGAAACACA